AGUGGAGGGGUAUGAAAAGAGCAGGACUCAAAGAAAGCAGGCAUGCUCAGAAUGCCACUGGGCUCCAGAAAAUACAGAGCGAGUGCAAGAGAACGCGACAGAGAAAAGAGAGGAUGUUGAAGGAAUAGAGAAAAGAAGUGUGUGAAGGUUGCCAUACUGUGCCAGGAGGCUGGCCAGGUUGGCCAUCGAAGGUUUGUGUUGAAACCUUUGCCACAGAUUGAGAAGAAUUGAAGAAAAUCAGUUAAAGUGUGGCCAAGAUGGCUGAGAAGAAAGUCAGCCUACCUGCUAAGCUGAUUAAUGGGGGCGUGGCUGGAUUAGUGGGUGUGACCUGCGUCUUUCCCAUUGAUCUCGCCAAGACCCGCCUCCAGAAUCAGCAGGGUGCUCGUGUCUAUAGUGGAAUGCUUGAUUGUUUGGCAAAGACGAUCAAAAUGGAGGGCUACUUUGGCAUGUAUCGAGGAGCUGCCGUGAAUCUUACUCUAGUCACUCCAGAGAAAGCCAUCAAACUGGCUGCUAAUGAUGUCUUCAGACAAAAACUCUCCAAAGAUGGAAAAUUACCUCUGUGGGGAGAAAUCCUUGCUGGCUGUGGGGCUGGAACCUGUCAGGUGGUAGUUACCACCCCCAUGGAAAUGCUAAAAAUACAACUUCAGGAUGCUGGCAGGUUGGCUGCUCAGCGGACUGUCACUGCUUCUGCUCCUGCAACUGGUCCGAUCCCCUCAUUGGUUCCCUCCCGGGUAGCCCAACCAGACAACAAUGUCCCCCCUCGACCGUCAGCGACCCGCAUCACUCUGGAGCUUCUUAAAACCCGAGGCCUCAGAGGUCUUUAUAAGGGGGCGGGAGCUACACUGAUGAGGGAUGUCCCCUUCUCCAUGAUCUACUUCCCACUGUUUGCCAACCUCAACAUGGUGGGCCGGACAGAGGAUCGCUAUAGCAACCCCCAGGAACGGGCCCCCUUUCUGCAGUCUUUCGUGGCUGGCUGCAUGGCUGGCUCAGUGGCCGCAGUAGCUGUCACUCCCCUGGAUGUUAUAAAGACCCGUCUACAGACCUUACAGAAGGGAGAGGGAGAGGACUUUUAUAGAGGCAUCAUUGACUGCACACAACGCAUUUUAAAACGAGAGGGACCAGCAGCGCUUCUCAAAGGAGCAAUGUGUCGAGCACUGGUCAUCGCUCCUCUCUUCGGCAUUGCCCAGGGCGUGUACUUCUUGGGCGUUGGUGAGCAUGUGCUAGGGCUGCUGGGAUAGCAGCAAGUGACGUCACCUCAAUCAUCAAAACACAGUGCUGUUUCUACAGAAGGAGAGGGAGAAAAAUUACAAGAAAGAAGGGAAGAGAAGAGGAAUGAUGUGGAGAGGAAAAGAAGAGAAUGUCCCAGAUUUCAUUUGAGAUGUGAAUACGAUGUAAAAAAUGGAGUGAAAUCCGUGUAUCCAACCAAAGGAGGGUCAAACACUUUGGGAGAACAGAGGAGGGUUGUUUAAUGCUUACAUAAGAGCCAAAAUUGCACACUAACCAUGUUUAAGAAUCUAAAAGCUGUAAACCAGGUUCUUUAGGUAAGACAGGGUCCUGUUUUGACUAAUCUGGCAGGGUUUUUUCUCCUCAGAGUUUAAUUAUGCUAUUUUGUAAUGAUUAAGUAUUUUCAUUUGUUUUGUUUUUUUAAGUCGAAGUGUUUAAUUUUUUUCGAUGUUAAUGCCAGUUUAACAUGCAGAGAAUUUCAAGUUAGCCACCCGUAGUUUGAUUUCCAGAAAAGUGUUUCCUCUGUAGCACUUUCAAAACAUUGCUUUGUUUGUUUGAGCAUAUUUACCAGCCUGACUCCGUAACAUUGGCUCAACCAAUGCCGUGAGUUUGGGGCAGAGCUACCUGUUCUGACCAUCUAAUGACAGACAGAAGGAGUGAUCUAUUUGAAAAACAUCAUUGGGUGUGUUCGACUUCAUGCAGCACUAUGCAGACCGAUCAGCACCGUACAUGAAGCAGUGCAUGUCAGGUAGAAAUUUUGUCCAACUUUAGACAUGCGCCAAUGCCACCUCACCAUGACAUAUGCCAUCAAAGAACCGUGACAACAUUUAGAGACCAGCCGCCUGGCUCAGUCAGCGCAGUUGCACCAAAGUGGCUGCACAAAGUCUGAUGAUCGACAUCGCUUGUUCCAAUUGGCCAGACUAACCAAUGACAAUGGUGACAGUAUUCAUCAGCACAUAACCUUUUCAAAUACAUAAUGUUUCUGGUUACUAUAUAUCUAAAUUCCACUUCAUCUGCAAUAAAGAAAGCAAACAUCAUUCAAUCUUCUGUGACGGCUUAACGGCUCUCUUUUCAACUCCUCCCCUGACUGCAACCGACAAAUCACGCUGAGCGGUAAGGCAAAGCACAGUUCAAGUCGAACACACCUAUUAUUAUUGCAAUAGAGCAACAAUUUGGUUCCGAAAGUAAAAAUCUCAUACAUUUUUUGCCAUAGGGGAUUUUAUUAUUAACAAUAACUAAUAAACCUUUAAAUACACGAGCUCAGAGUUUGUUAAUCAAUGGUAUAUGCUUAGCUAUAGCCAUCAUUCUGAGUAAUUUCAACAUAUUUAAAAAAAAAAUUAAUAAUAUUUAAUAGCAGAAUUCCUGUUAAAGACUGCAUUGUCCAUGAUCCUGAGGGGAAAAUCCACCAAUCGGUCAUGGUGCAGUGACAAUUUGAUGACAACCAAGUCGGUCUCUCUUUGCUCUCAAACUGCUUAUAUAUUUGAAUAUUACAUUUAUAUAAUUAUUUUAAUAUUUUUCCACAGUUUUUAAUUCAAUAACAUCAUUUGUAAUGCCUAAUGGGACUGCAGUUCAUUCCCUCAUUGAAGACGUUAAGUGCACAUUCUUGUUCUUUUGUCUGAUUUUCAAAUAAUGUAUUGCUUCAAAUCAAAGUUUGGAAUGUUGUGAUUCACCUCGGAGCUAGAUGGUUUAGAACUGUUUUAUGAAGGAUUAUAUGAAAUCGCUAUGGAAAAAAAUGAAUGGGAAACAUACAUCCGGAACCAGGGUGGCUGAAAUUGGGUGGGUGCCUUUGCCCUUAAUUUUGUUUGGUUAAAGUUUUAAACCAAGAUAAAUCAUGAUGAACAUAAUGAUUCAUUUGUUAGUAAUCUACAUUAAUGUGUAUUUAGAAGGCAGUAAGUAGUUUUGAAUCAAUGUUGACAAUAUACAGUUCUGAACCAAGAUUAUAGAUGAAUUACACCCUUUAAACAGCAAAACAAGAAGCAAAUCAGUGUAUGUAGGGUCUGCUUCCCUAAUCUUUGUAAUCUGGUUGCUACUUUAAUCCUAGUCUCUCCGUAAAUCUCAGUACAUCUGAAGAGACUGCUGGGUUAUGCUGUUGAGGCCUUGUCUUCCUGUCAUAUGUUACGUUGAGGGACAACAUUACAUGUUGUGUAGGGAAUAAUAGCAUAAUUAUGGGCUUCAUUUUGUAAUGCUCUCUAAGUGAUAUUUUUGAGUGCAAAAUAAAUGAAAUGCAAUAAAGCCUUAUCCUUGCCAAUUAAGUCUUUUACUGAAAUUUUCACUGAAAACGUAACAAAAAGGACCAGUUGCUUUUAAAGUAUUGAAACCCUUUUACAUCAUUUGUGUCUUUGUUUACUUUUAUGUGGAUAAUUAGUUGUAUAGGAAUUAAUAGUGCCCUCCAUGUUUUUUGACUCUGAUGUUUUUUUUUAUUAUUAUUCUGUAGUAAAGGGCACAGUGUGAUAUGUCAGAAUUAGACUGUUCUAACUAUGCAGAGAAACACAAGUGAACACAAUCUUGAAUAGAGAUACAUCUUAAAUGCACUUGAAAAGUGAAAAGAAAACUUUGACGCUUUUAAUUGCUCACAAUUUGUAUGAACAUUUCAAAAUAAAAGUCCUUGCAUAUUAGUUAAUA